AUGGAACGGGACCACAAUCUCCUCUUGUCGGAUGUCAUGUUCGAUCCUGACAUUGACACUUCAAGCGUCCCAUGGAGCGACUUCUCGCUGAGCCCUACGGAGGACGCAUUAUUUGCCGACGUAUACCUGGGUACGGAUGAAGACGCACUCAACAUGUGUACAUUUUCUACUGAUCCAGAUACUUUCAACCUUGAUAGUACAUUCGUUCAUGAGAACUCCUUUAUCGACACAUCAUUUACAAGCUGGGACUUUCUCACAAUGCAGCCACCACCGACUACAAACCCUUCCACAGCAACAUUUACCAGCCCAGAGAAUGGGGAGUCGUCUGAAUGUGUCGAGACUCAAGCAUCCUCGCCGAGACUACAGACUCAUGACUCGUCGGAACUGUUGAGCCCGCAAAUGCAUGAGGUGCCGCCAACACAAAAUGCCCCUGAACAACCAGCCAACGCAGAGAACACUUCAAAACGGACAAAUAUGAAGCAUGGCACACGACCGUGUGAUUUAAAAAGACAGAAGCGAAAAGAGGAUAAGCCAGAGAAAUGUCACAUCUGCCAAAAGGGCCAUCAGUGGAGGCGUGAUCUGGAAAGACACUACUGCACUCACCAUCCGAAUGAGGCUGCCGAUAUGGGACUUUCCAUGUCCAGGCCAGUAUGCAGACACUGCGGUCAAGAUUUUGCGAGGCGUGAUCAUUUGACUCGGCAUUUGAGGAGGAAGCACGGGGGUUAA